CUUUUAAAUCUUCAACACACGCAAGAGUUUCACACUGCAAGAUGUCUGCCGCCGGUCAAUGGGAAGUUGUUGGCAAACCUAAGAAGGAAAAGGCACCUUCUAGGCCAAUGACUAAAACACAAAUUAAGCAGUUUGUUGAAAACAUGCCAAGGAUCGAAGAUGACGAUCCAGUAAAAGAGUCACAUACAAUGUUUGAUGCAUUCAUUACUAAGGAGAAAAGACCUGAUGAACGUGCAAACAAUGUAAAGGCUAAUGGUGUCUCCAACAUGUCCAAGAAGGUCACACAGCCCAAGAAAAAGAAAGCAGACCCAGAAAAGAAGGAAAGCAAACCAAAGUCGCUUGAGGAGGCAGUUGCAAAGAUUGAUAAGGCUGAUUUGCAACUGAUUUUUAAUCAGUCACAUGAAAGCUUUCCAGAGAAUCCUGACGUGUGGUUGAAAGAUCUGGCAUCAUUCUUGAAUCUCAAACUGGAAAGAGUCCCUGAGAAUGAUGCUGUUUUCAAGGAUAAACCGAAAGAUUUCCCCUUGUGUAAGCUGAGCAAGAGUUGCCAGGAAGUGUUGAUCUCCUCCAUGAAGAAAUGUUCAGAACAAACACUGGAACAUCUCUUCUAUCACUGUCUACAGACUAUGAUCAGUGAGGCUCAGAAAGGACUGGCAACCUAUGGCUACAGAAUGUUCCUCCAGUCUCUGGCCUUUCACAAACCAGAGAUCCCUCUCUCGAAGUUCCCACAGUACCUGGACCUGCUCAAGACCCACCACAACAGACCUGUUCGAUGUCUGAGUAUCCUGUGGGCUCUCGGUCAGGCAGGUGUCAAGAGACUCAGGUGUGGUCUCAGAGUGUGGUUGGAUCUGAUGAUGCCAGCUCUGGGUUACCGCUCCAUUGCUCCUUACUGUGUGGAAUACCUGGAGAAUUUGUUCAGCUGGCAUAAAGAAGUGCGUCCAGCAUUUGGGUCCAUGUCCCUGCGAGACUACUUCCAGGUCCUUGAUAUAUUGUUCAACCCUGGCACCAACAUUCAGGGAGACCUGAGGAAGAGGCUGCAGGCACAGUAUCCUAAAGUGAAGGCCAUAGCAUUCGGAGAAAACCCAGCCAAGUCUUUGAGGAACUUCUUCCCAUCAUUUCUCUCAAGGGCAUCCCCGUCAUGUGUCCCACAGCUGAAACAUGAGCUGUUGUCCAACUUGAUGACAUGUCUGCUGACGGACAAGCAGACAUUUUCAACGUGGUGUCAGAUGUACACAAAACAUCUGCCUCAGUCAGGGGUCCUGCUGGAACACAUCAACAGCAACUGGGGCACACUAUGCAAGAAAGUGGACAAGAAAAUGCUGAGGGAGACACUGAGAUCAUUCGCUGUGACAAAUGAUGAGAUCGCAUCACAGAACCGCAACGUCCCAGAGGGCCAUGAACACUGUGCUGUAGUCUGCAGGGAGUUGCUUCUGAAGUUAAGUCAGAGCCCGUUUCCCUGGUUCACUCUGAUCUUCUCCAUCGUCCUUGUCAUUGGAGGCAUUGUGGGUUAUGACAUGUACACAAGCCCCAGCAUUGAACGCUCUCGGACGGUGACGUUCCUGAACAAGUACGGUAUCCUGGCUGUCCUGGAACAGGCCUGGAAGAAGAUUCAGAUGUUCUUCUCUAAAGUGAUUGGCUGGCUGAGGGAGAACGUUCCACUGAUGUAUGCCAGUGUAUGCGGGAAAGUGAGUCCGUACUUGACCCAAGCAUGGAGAAAGUCAUCGGAGUUUGUUCUGUGGAGCAUCGACUCCAGCAGACCCUACAGGCAAUAUGUGGUGGCCAAAACAGUUCAAGCAGUUGAAUGGCUACACGCACUGAACCCCGACUUCUGGUCUCGACUUGGAGGGUACUUGUGGCUGUGUUGGGGAUUGGUGAAAACCUACUCAUUAUGGUUAUGGAAAUACAUCCUACACAUAGCAGGCAUUGUGUACACCUGGUUGUUACAGAACGUUUUGGUGGGAAAGUUUACACCUGAAAAUAUUCACCAAACAACGUCUUGGAGCCUUUCAGUAGUGCAGAACUAUACAGUUACAUUUGUGGGCUGGUGUAGUAAUGUUCUUACACAAAUAACAGCCAAUUAAGACUCAGCAUUGGAAGAGGCUGCAGCUCUUGUCUCGCCGCGGUGGUUGGGUUCCGCUCGCUCCAGCUUUACAGUGUUAACUAUGAAAACAGUCAAAGCAACAAUAUGUUGAAAAUUUUGUCAUCAAAGAAUGUAUGCAUUACAUUUAUUUGUUCAUGUUCUUUUCUCAAUGCAAGUCUCUUGUUCCUCACGUUCCAGUUUAUAUUCUUUGGCUGAAAGUUGAUAUUCGAUACCCAUCAUGUUUCAGGUGAUAGCGAUUUUGCUGAUAUUAUAAACUUAAAUCAAACAUAUUAAGAUGAUCAUUUUGGAAACUUCAUGUUAUUUCCUGCUGACUAGUAGGUUGUUGUUAUUAAUAUAUCUUUUCAAAGGCCCAAAUAGGUUAUGUAGAAUCAUCAGUGGCUAGAACAAUGAUGAAACUUUAGGAUUUGUUAUGAUAAUUCGUGUUAGUGUUCCAGAAAUGUUCAAGUAAUUUUUUUGUAAAAAUGUUUUAAUUACGGUCACAGUAUUAUUAUUCUGGUUUCUGUUAGAACACUUUUAGUUUCAUCUUAGUAUGGUAAAUAUGAUUCAUAAUAUCCCAAGUAUGAGGAUGCAUUUUAUUUUUUCCUGAAACUAUACCUCAUGAGUGACUUGUUAAAAUAUAGUCAGUCACAUUUGAAGUGUUAAAAGCAUCUGGUUACUGUAACCUGGCUAUUUGCCUAAUGUGCUAGGGUAAGCAUUGUAAGAUUUCCUAUACAAAGUUUGGUUCAUACCUAUUAACUUAUUAAAUACAUCCUGUAAGUAGAAUAGUUUUCACCCUCACUUUAUUUGGCAUAAGGUAUUCCACUCUUGAGGAAAACAUUGUAAAUAUCAGUUCCAGCAAAUAUUGCCUCAUGUUGAUAUUACAUACGCACCCCAUCAUAAACAAUAUCACAGAUAACACCCGCUAUGGGGCCUGACUUGGUAAUCUGCUAUGGCGCUAAUAAUGCAGAUUACAGCCUAAUAAAUAACAGAAGUUCCAUGUUCCCCUUGUUUAUGUAACAUUUUUAAACAUAAAUACAUGGAACUAAAAACUUCCUCUACUGAGGAAGUCUUCUUUUCGCAGUGUUAUUUAGGCAUAGGGCCUCUGAGCUGUAUCUAGUCACAAAUAUGCCGGGUGUUUUGUAUUUGUAUUACAAGCAUGUAUGAGAUGAUUAUGCCAUUAAGCUGUUAAUCAAGAACCAGAAAUUAAUACUACAUAUACAAUGGUACUUAUUAUUACAGUAUAAGUACCAACUGGACUUUUUGUCAUCAAGGAUGGAAUCUUACUUGUGAUGCAGAAACGUUUUCUUUUAACUUCAUCAUCACUCAUCCUGUACUGAAUAAUUCCUGCAUCAUUAGUGUGUGUAUGAUAACAAGGUUAGGAUUAUGAAGUGUUAAAAUGUGAACGGUUUAAAUUAACUUAAAGCAACAUGCUUGUCCUAGACUUGUACUGUGUUCUCAAGGAAUUUACUGUUUCUUUGAUUGUGCCAAAGAAAUUGACAAUGAAACAUUUUAAAAAUGUGAAAUGGCAGGUAUGUGUUAAGUUCAAGUAAUAAUUUGUAAUACAAAAUAACAUAACAUGCUGUGCGAUGCAAUUAUAUUUUAUUUUGUGUUUGUAUAAAUGUUGAAAAUAAAUGUAAUUUUCCGUA